AGUAAUUACUGUAGUAACUAAACUCCAUCAUGAGGACAAACAGACUCAUGGCUCCUGCUUGACAGCUCUAGUCUCCAUCCGAUCAAGCUACCCUGCCCUUUUGGUUUUAUUUGCCCUCCGCGCGCGUCUCACGAUCUUUUUUAAAUUCCCCAUCGCUUCUCUUCUUAACCUCCUCCUCUUCCCCUUCUUUUUUUUCUUCUUCCCCACACCCGCGAUCCUCUCUUCUCCUCACCACCUUCACCACCCUCACACCCUCUCUCCACCUCAAGCUUGCGAUCGCGCUCCACAACCACACCCUCGUCUCGGGUUUCCUCCUGCGCAUCGUUCGCCAUGGCAGAGACCGAAUCCAAGGCUGCGACCGCUCAGGUCGCUACCGACUCGUCCUUCACUGACGAUGUCGUCCGUCCCCGCGGUUGGAUGUACAAGCGCAUCGGCGUUGGUAAGUGGAACAUUGGCUGGUACGCCUCCCCAAAGUUCCAGCUCGGGAUGGUCGCCUUCGUCUGCUUCAUGUGCCCCGGCAUGUUCAACGCUCUUGGUGGUUUGGGCGGUGGUGGUAAGGCCGAUGCUAAGUUGGCCGACGACAUGAACACCGCGCUCUACAGUACCUUCGCCGUGGUUGGUUUCUUCGCUGGUACCAUUGUUAACCGUCUGGGUGUUCGCGCCGCUCUGUCCUUUGGUGGUAUUGGUUAUUGUCUCUACUCGAUUUCCCUCCUCGUCUCCGUUCACAAGUAUGUUCCCGGCUUCAACAUUUUCGCCGGCGCGUUCCUCGGUGUUUGCGCUGGUCUGCUGUGGACCGCGCAGGGCACCAUCAUGAUGUCCUACCCUCUGGAGCAGUCCAAGGGUCGCUACUUUGCUUGGUUCUGGGGUAUUUUCAACGUCGGUGCUUGCAUUGGCAGUCUGAUCCCCCUCGGAGAGAACAUCAACGUCAAGACCAACAGCACCGUCAGUGACGGCACCUACAUCGCCUUCAUUGUGCUCAUGUUCUUCGGUGCCUGCCUGGCCCUGUUCAUUUGCGAUGCCGACAAGAUCGUCCGUGAGGAUGGCUCCCGCGUCAUUCUGAUGAAGAGCCCCAGCUGGUGGACCGAGAUCUACGGUCUGUGGGAGACCAUCAAGGCCGAGCCCUACAUCAUCCUGCUCUUCCCCAUGUUCUGGUCCUCCAACUGGUUCUACACCUACCAGCAGAACGGUAUCAACGGUGCCUACUUCGACACCCGCACCAAGGCCCUGAACGGUUUCCUGUACUGGUUUGCCCAGAUUGUCGCUGCUUUCAUUAUCGGUCCUCUUUUGGAUGUCGAGCGUGUCCGCCGCAGUGUCCGUGCUAAGAUUGCCUUUGGCGUCCUGUUCACUCUCACCAUGGUUAUCUGGGGUGGUGGCUAUGCCUGGCAGAAGCACUACACCCGUGAGGAUGUUGGCAAGGAUGCUAUUGCCGCUGGUACCUUUGUUCCCUGGGACUGGACUACUAAGGGUUACGUCGGCCCCAUGUUCCUGUACUUCUUCUACGGAAUGUACGAUGCUGUUUGGCAGGGUGUUGUUUACUGGUUCAUGGGUGCCCUCGGCAACUCGGGCCGUCGCCUCGCCAACUUGGCCGGUUUCUACAAGGGUCUCCAAUCCGCCGGUUCCGCCGUGAUGUGGUCCCUCGACAGCAAGGAGACUCCCUUCAUGAACGAACUCGCCUCCAACUGGGGUAUCCUCUCGGGCUCCCUCCUCUUCGCCCUCCCUGUCGUCUUAAUGCGUAUCCGCGAUACCGUUCCCCUCGAGGACGAUCUCAAGGGUACCGAUGAGACCGCCGAGGACGUCCUGCCCCCUGGUGCCUUUGCGGAGAAGCGUGCCGUCGGCGAGAUCUAAAUUCUUUCCAGUUACGAUCUUGCUUGAUCAGGAGAGUCGUUGCUGGUUGCACUUCGUAGGAUGUGUGUGGCAUGAUCAUUUUCUCUCUGAUUUGACUGACGGUCUUGACUUCGCUUCGGCAAGGACUGGCUUCGUUUGUUUCUCCGAGAUUCAUCAACGGACCUUCUCCUUCUCCUUUUCCUUUGAAAGGGAAGGGUGGGCUCAUAAUGCGAUGACUCGAUAUGAGGUUUUAUGGAUGACGCUUUUCCUUUCCCCCAUUUUCCCUAUUCCCCCAAUGAUUUUUUAAUGUUGUGCGAUGCAUAGUUUCGUCGCUACCCUUUUACAUACCCGGUUUCACAAUGAAUGGAAAAGCAGUCACGAA